UCCCUACCUCCAUUAAAAGCAUACAUGAAAUCCUUCUACCUUGGGAGUCUCUCUCCUUUUGUCCUUCAAUCAUAAAACCUUGCCAUGAUAUCCACAAAUAUUUUCAUCAAAGCAUGGCCCUUUUUUCUUCAAAUCUAUAAGCCAAGUUUCUUUCCUAUGACUUUAUGUAGUCUUUUCAUUCUCUGAAGAGACUUCUCACUCUCUUCAAACACACUUUGUCUACAAUUAUCACACCAAGCACCAGCUAUAUACAAAUUAAUCAAACCCCUUAAGUCAUUAAUCACAUUAUAUAGUACGGUCUCAUUCCAUAUCAUAAUGACUCACAAAACAUUAUUGUUUUAUACUUUAAUUACUCACAUGUCUGAUUUAUACAAAACUUAGUGUGUUAUCUCUCUCUGUCUCUCUUUUCUUGUAUUUUCUUCCUCUCAACACUGUUGAACCAAUAGUUUCUAACCACGUUUACAAAUUUUCACAUGGAGUUGUUGAAAUGACAAUGAUGAAACUUAGUGUUAUUGUUAGUGUUGUCUACUCAAGGCUAGUAGAACUUGGUGUCUUCUCCUAUGAGAGUAUAUAUAACCACAUUCUUUUGUUGCUAAAAACUCUAAGUUUCUUUUAUCUACUAUUCUAUAUUAAUAGGCAUUAUAUCUUGGAUGGAUUAAUUGUGUGAUGCUAUAAAUAAAAUCAUGUACAAGGGGAGAUUUUGCACUUCUGGAGGGAUUAAGGCCCCCCUUGGAUAUGUUGAAACCGAUCCAUCUGGUCGAUAUGGACGUUUCAAGGACGUUCUCGGCACAGGAGCUAUGAAAACUGUAUACAGAGCAUUUGAUGAGUUCCUUGGGAUUGAAGUGGCUUGGAACCAAGUCAAACUUGGUGAUGUUUGUCAUUCACCAGAUCAACUUCAACGACUUUAUUCAGAGGUUCAUCUCCUUAAGCACCUCGACCAUAAAUCCAUGAUGAUCUUCUAUGGUUCUUGGAUUGAUAUCAAUGGCAAAACCUUCAACUUCAUCACUGAAUUGUUCACCUCAGGCACCCUUAGAGAGUAUAGGCAGAAGUAUAAGAAAGUGGAUAACCAAGCACUAAAGAAUUGGGCACGCCAGAUUCUAAGUGGUUUGGAAUAUUUACACAACCAUAAUCCUCCUGUGAUACAUAGAGACCUCAAAUGUGAUAAUAUAUUUGUCAAUGGCCAUAAAGGGGAGGUCAAGAUUGGUGACUUAGGUCUUGCAGCUAUACUUUGUAGAUCCCAACUUGCUCAAAGUGUCAUAGGUACUCCAGAGUUCAUGGCACCAGAAUUGUACGAAGAGAAAUACAAUGAACUAGUAGAUAUAUAUUCCUAUGGGAUGUGUAUGAUAGAGAUGCUUACUCUUGAGUUUCCAUACAAUGAGUGCUCCAACCCAGCUCAAAUAUACAAGAAAGUAACCGCGGGGAAGCUACCAAAUGCAUUUUUCAGAAUCAAAGAUUUAGAAGCACAAAGGUUUGUGGGAAGGUGUUUGGCACAUGUCUCAAAGAGACCAUCAGCAAAGGAACUAUUAAUGGACCCAUUUUUAGCGACGGAACAAUUUGAAUUGUCAUUGCCAAACACAACAUUAUCUAAAAAUCAAACAUUACAUCAUUUUUCUCUAGGUGAUUCAACAACAAGUACAAAUAUGACAAUCACCGGAUCCAUAAGUGAAGAGGAUAACACCAUUUUCCUUAAAGUACGGUUAUGUGAUGAAAUAGGGCAAACGAGGCAUAUAUUCUUUCCAUUUGAUACAAAAAACGACACUGCUAUUAAAGUGGCAAUGGAGAUGGUAGAAGAACUUGAAAUCAAUCACUUGGAACCAUUAAAGAUUGCUGCAAUGAUAGAUAAUGAGAUAUCAACUUUAUUUCCAACUUGGAUGGGUACUCAUGGCAAGUGUGAGCAUCAAUUACAACAUAGCUAUAACUAUGAAGAAGAUGAGGAUGUUAAUAACCAUAAUCCUUUUGUCUUAUCAUCAUCUUAUCCUUCUUCCCCUCAUGAUUCUCUCACUAAGUCUCACUCCAAGGCCCACUUCUGUGCAAAGCAUAGCAUGUUUCCUCAAGAAUGGAAUCAAGAUUUAUAUAUGAAUGAUGAUGGAAGCUCACCAAGCUCAAUGAACUCCUACAAAUGUUCAAAUAUCCAAUAUCAUGAAGAUGAGCAUUGCCCAACAAUAGUAGAAGAAGCUAGAGCCAAACAUAACAAUCUACAAUGCAUUAGAUCAAGACAUAUAGAAGAGGGAGACACAAGUAAUUUCGCCAAAUAUUUUUUGCACCCGAAAAUGGACUAUUGUAAUGGUUGUAGAUGUGGUGGCCAUGGAACGAGCCAUCACGGAUCGUCGAGGAUACCUAAAAAUCAUUCAAACAUGGAGCAGCAUAGGAGCUUGCAGCUUCAUCGACCACAACUAUUGGAAGAGGUGUACAAGAGACCAAUGUUCAACACAAUUGCCACUAUGGAAGGCAUUGGAUUUCAAUAUCCAAAUAGAGGAGGACGUCGUACUCGCUAAGGAUUUGUACAAGAUUGUGGUUUGAAAACCUUUUUUUUUUAUUUUUUUUUUUUAUGGUUUUAUGUGUUUGUUGUGUUGUCUUGAAUUGCUUUGCUCUAUAAUGUUUGAUGUGUGAAAGUAUUUUUAAUUCAAGUAUAAUUGUGUAAUAAACUUGUGUUUGUUAUCCAAAUCUCUGGUGCCACAUCCAGCUAUAUCAUCACCAGUGGUUGAUAAUAAGCACUGAUUCUCAACUACACUUAUACCAAUCUUAAAGGUCCUUUGCUUUUGACAGUGAUGCCUUUA